CUUCGCGUUCCUAGACCCUUUUCCGGUCCACUGCCUGCGUAUCUGCAUAUCAGUUUUUUUGCCUCCUUGAGCAUCUUUUGCCACCAUCCCACUUCCUACUGUGGUGCGGUUACUGUGAUAUUCCAACGCCUUCCAUCACGACUUCCCCAGCUCUCUCUAAACACGUUCGUUCGAAUCUACUAUGUCAACGGUAUUGAGGUAUCAGGUUAGCGUAUUGAACGACCGCCAACUGUCGAGGCGCGUACCACAAAGCAUAGUAACUCCCCGCUCAAGGUUUUGGUUGGCCUCGACCUGGAACGCAGUCGGCGUGUGAACUGGAAGCAGCGUUGUCUUUCGUUCCUACUCAAGUGAGAAAUCAUACCUGGAUCACUUCUUCCAGGCUCAGUAUCUCUCUGUUCAUCAUCAACAUUACCGUGAUAUCUCUGUGCUAUCAAUUAUACAUAUUCAUCCUCAAUGACUAUUACUUUCGGCGCCGUAUGCAGUCUUCUGCAAAGCAUCGAGAACAUUUCUACGCGGGAACCACGAGUUUCGCCAAAACAACUCAAGGAAAGCAUCCGUCAGAUUGUCUCGAACUGGUUCUCCAAUCACAGGCAAGCUUUGGAUGACCAAAACACAAAUGGCAGCGCUGUACUGUCUGCACUGCUUCCACAUCGGAGGAAAGAUCGAGUCUAUGGCCUCCAAGCGCCUCUACUUGCGAAGAAACUCACCAAGCUGCUCAGUUUCAACAAUGGCCAUCGAGCGUUGUUUGAUGGAUGGAAGACUGGAGCACUGGGUGAUCUGGGUGCGUACACAGAACGAACAAUGAAGUCAUGGGAUGGCACGUUCACCACCAAACGCCACUUUCCCAUCGAACAGAUCGACAGACUUUUGGUACAAUUAGCCGCCAAGUACAGAUACUCCGACCGGGUCAUUCGUGAGCAGCGGGACUGGCACAUGGAGACCGAUACGGAGCUCAAAGACAUCCUCGUCAGGCUAGAAUCGUGGGAAGCAAAAUGGCUCGUACGGCUGCUACUAAGAAACUACUGCACCAUUGAGUUGGAUGAGCUGAUUGUCUUCCAACAAUAUCACUUCCUCUUGCCGGACCUGCUGAUGUUCCAAAACGACUUCGAUGCUGUUUUUGAUAUGCUUAGAGGGGAACUAGGCUGCUAUCCCUCCGUCCCAGACCCUUUGCAAGCGAAGACGAUGCGUAUAGAGGCAGCGCAGAAGUUGAAGGCAGUUGUUGGUGUCAAAGUAGGGCGUCCAAGAUUCCACAAGGCUUGGUCUUUCAAGAACUGUUUUCAACUAGUCGGCAAACGCGCUUGGGCAGCUGAGGUCAAAUAUGAUGGAGAGUACUGCGAGAUUCACGUGGACUUGGAAAAAGCGCCCAACGACAUCAAAAUCUUCUCCAAAAAUGGCAAGGACGCUACAGCAGACCGGGAGGCAUUGCAUAGUACUAUUCGAGACGCCUUGCGUAUCGGCCGUCCCAGCUGUCUCUUCAAAACAAAAUGCGUCUUACUUGGCGAGAUGGUGUUGUAUAGUGACAGAGAGAAGAAGAUUUUGCCCUUCUCCAAGAUCAGAAAGCACAUAUCGCGCUCAGGAUCUUUCAUCGGGACGCUCCAGGAUUCUUUACCACAUGAAUGGGAACAUCUUAUGAUCGUCUUCUUCGAUGUGCUAGUCCUGGACGAGGAGUCUGUCUUGCGUCAGUGCCUGCAGGAUCGUCGCAAGGUGCUUCGAGAUCUUGUCCGCGUGAUACCUGGUCGAUCAAUGCGGUCAGAGUGGACUCUGCUCAACUUCAAGUCGGAGGAAGGAAAUACGGACCUCAAGCAAGUGUUUGCCCAAAGUCUGGCUAAUCGCCAGGAAGGCCUAGUCUUGAAGCCUCUCCAUGCGCCAUACUUUCCUCUCCUCUCAGAGCAGGGACAUUGCCAGGCGGGUUUCUUCAUCAAGGUCAAAAAAGAUUAUCUCGGCGAUAUGGGUGGCGAACGCGACUUGGGUGACUUUGCUGUCCUUGGAGCAAGUUUUGAUGCGCAGGUCGCCCCAAAGACUGAUAUCAAGCCACUACAUUGGACGCACUUCCAUCUCGGUUGUUGUACGAACAUGGCUGAGAUCCGGCAGCGGAAAGACGUGAGACCACACUUCAAGAUCGUCACGUCCCUCAGCUUAGACAAGUGUAUACCAAAGUCGGAUGUGAAGUACUUGAAUAUUCAAGGCUAUGUUCGCCAAGCCAAGCUGCGGAAAGAUGGUUCAACCAAAGAUUUUGAUAUUGAGCACUCUAAAGGCUAUGAUCGGAGAAUGACAGUAGCCUUCAAGAAACCCUUCGUCGUGGAAAUCCUUGGGGGCGGAUAUGAAAAGCUGCAGAAUGAAGUGUUCGAGAUGUUACGCCAUCCUCGAGUCAAGAAGAUUCACCACGACAGAACUUGGGAGGAUACAGUCACCUUGGAGGAACUUGAACGGAUGGCCGAAGAAAAGUGGGAAGUACCCGAAGCUGAUAGUCUUGACGGGCAUGCCAGAGACGUUGCGUUGCUUGUUAAGAAAUAUGUCAGACAGAUGGGCGGCUCUCAAGUAAGUGUUGCCAGUUACGAAACUACACAGGAAAACACGCAACAGUCCACACCACACCAAAGUCAAUUGUCGGCGCAGCAGACGCCGAUCGGUGCGGUGGUCCAAGAAACUCAGCAAGAUACUUACACUUCCAUCUCUACGACGCAAUACUCUGGCAGUACACAAGGCAAUGGCGUCCGAGCUUCCCGGGAAGUCCGUGUUUUUGUCCGCGAAGAUACUCCCGAGCAGCCAUCCUCCUCAUCCACACUCCAGCAACCUCUCCCAUCCGCAGCCAACCUGCCCCGACCUGAGGUGGAAGAUAUGUCACGAUCUAGGACAAAGCGCAGCUUCACCGGCAUGAUGAUCAGUCCACCGAACGCGAAGAGACGAAAGAUAUUGAGUCCGCUUGGAGACUCGGAUGUGAAUCGCAGCAUGGGAAGUUUCUGAUAUGAUUCUUAGGGGGGUAUUCCAUGCCAAGACUAGAGUGAAAGAUACACUUCCGCCUCAGCUGUGUACCAAUAUUUUCGAACGAUACUACGAAUUACGUGACCCUGAACAAGUGUGGAGCUACUAUGAUGGAAGCAAAGCUAAGAAAGUCGGAUUAGGUUUGAGUCAUAGGCAAAAUAUCGGAUCCAUAUGCGUUUCAUUGCUUUCCAACAGUCGAGGAACAGUAGGAUAGCGGCGUUCUCCUCCAAGCAACUCUCAUUCUUCUCUUAUGCAUGUAGUUAUGCAUCUACUCCCCACUAUCUACUUAU